AUGGCCGACGAAGCAGCUCGCGCUCACGCCGCUGAAGUGGCGCGCGCUCAAGAAGAAGGAAGAGAUCCACCUCCUCCUCCUCCUAAUCCACAAGACCCUGCUGGAGAUGUGAAUGCACAACCUCAAGCUGGAGCACCUACAAUCGGAGACUAUGACUCUGCCGAUGCUUUCUUCAUGGAUAGAAACCCUAUCCAUCCACCACUUCCUGCAAGGAAUGACUAUGAGAUCAAGCCUCAGAUCAUAGCAUUGGUUAGACAGAACCAAUUCAAUGGACUUCCAGCUGAGCACCCUCUUGAUCACAUAGAAAACUUUGAAGAAAUUUGCAGCACUACAAGAUCCAAUGGAGUCUCUGCUGACUACCUUAAGUGCAAGCUCUUUUCAUUCUCUCUUGGCGACAAAGCUUCAAGAUGGUUGAAGUCUCUGCCAGCUCACUCCAUCACCACUUGGGAUGAGUACAAGGCUGCAUUCAUCAACCACUUCUACACCAAGCAAAGAUCAAUUUCUGUAGGAACAAGAUCUCCAACUUUCGCCAAGCCAACAAUGAAUCUUUCUAUGAGGCGCUAG